AUGACCAUAACCGGGGCAGGCAGCAAUGGUGGCGGGAUGCGUCCGCUGAAGGUGACGACCGUUGGGGACGGUAUGGUCGGGAAAACGUGCAUGCUCAUCACCUACACCCAGAACGAGUUCCCGAGCGAGUACGUCCCGACCGUGUUCGAUAAUCACGCGUGCAACAUCGUCGUCGAUGGGGCCGAUUACGCUCUGACCCUUUGGGAUACGGCCGGUCAGGAGGAUUACGAGCGAUUGCGUCCACUCAGCUACCCAAACACCGAUUGCUUUCUCAUCUGCUACUCGAUAUCAAACCGCACGUCGUUCGAUAACGUGCUGUCCAAAUGGUGCCCGGAGAUAAGACAUUUCGCACCCUCUGUGCCGAUCGUGCUCGUCGGCACCAAGAGUGAUUUGCGGGUGCAGGGAUCGGAGAAGUUCGUCACCACAGUCGAGGGCAAGAAGUUGAAGCACAAAAUCAAGGCCUACGCGCUGGUGGAAUGCUCGGCUAAACGGAAACUCAACCUGGCAGAGGUGUUCGACGAGGCGGUGCGUGCCGUUGAGAAGAAACCCCACGCGGGCCCGCGCAUUUGCACUAUUCUGUAGCACAUUUCAGUGGGACUGUAGCAGAAAGCGAGGGCUUAGUUUGGCGGUUCUGAUGCAAAAUUGAUGCGACAUUGAGAUUUCGCUCCUGAAGUAGACGACUGAGGUUUUAACAAGAGGCAGGUUCGAGUUAGAUUUAGGUUGACACGUGCACCAAGAGCUAUAACCUCGUCAUGUGCAAUAGAACACCACGCGGUGAUGUAUUCGGUUGACCUACAAAUAUGCAGUAUUGUUUACGCAAUCCCAUUGUAGCUGGAUCGGUUGGAUGAAAUUUUAGCGAUGUUACACCAACGGGCCCGUCAAACUUCCCUCUUGUGGAGCAGUUAGUUGCCAUAGGUUGGGGAUAUCAUUCGAAGAUUCCGUUUGUUUUCGAAAGAGUAUUAUGAGGCAGUCGAAGCAAUGUAGAUGAUUUUCAGAAAAAUUGUAAAGGCGGCAGAAGUUUGUAAGGAAGUUAUUGCUAUGCUACUCAACGUGAUUACCACUAUUAUUUUCUCUACUAGCGUGGAACUCGCGCGAACAAUCAAGAAGUAACCGAAAACGGAGGAGAGAGGAUUACUUAUUAGAAAAGAGGCUGCCGAGCAGGUAGAACUAAAAUCGGGAUCUUACACGGCAGUGUUUUUUAGACGAUAUAGAGAGCAGCAGAAUACCCUCGCUGGAAGGAAUAUGAGAAAUAUUGAGAAUAAGUGUAAAAAUGUUGAACGAGAGCCGUAUUUUAUAAUGCUUGUUAAAUAAACUAGUCAUAUUAAG